AUGCCUACUACAUACGAGCAACACUGUGUUUUGAACCAAAACACUUUUGUUGGCAAGUUAGUCCUUCAGUCUCGUUCAGAAACAGUAGGAACACUCAAUUAUGGCCCCCUCAAACAUUUCUAUUUGAUUACUCUUUACACAAUAAUGGGGAACUUGGAACCCAAGCCUCUUGGCCCUGUAGCCGCCCAACAAAUGGUCAUACAUAUGUGA